AUGAAUGUCAUAAUUGACGAAUUGGAAAGGAAAAAGUCGCCCGGUGAGGUCCUAGAUGUGCUCAUACCAGACGAGGCCACACUGCUAGGUUUGGAUUUGGAUGGCAUACUUCAAGAUUUGGAAGUGUACAUGACGAACAAGCAGAAACAGUUACACGAGAGUGUUCGUCAACUAACAUCGGCGCCUCCCAUUCGGUGGCCCAUAAGCGAGUUGCAAGCUAUUCGGGGGACACUGCAAGAGUAUCUCACGCCGUUUGAGGAGCGCGAAACGGGGAGCCAAGACGAUGGUCGGCUUGAGAAGCCGGCUGAAUGUAGUGGUGAGGGGGAAGGUUACCUGGUGUCGGAUACAAGUUUGGAAACCGGUGAGGUCCGUGGCAGGAUGAGUGCCAAGGAGUUGUUGAGUCAGCUGAAGGAACUGGAUGAGAAGAAGGCGCGCAUUAUGGCGUCAAUUUCGUUGCUCGAGAAGAUCCAAUCAUUAAAUGAUUCUUUGGACACGCUGCGUGAAGCCAUGAAAGACAAGGAUUAUGCCAAAAUCAAUGUUCUGGUGGAUACCAUAAACGCAUUGGCGGAGGUAUUGGGUAAUCAAGACGAGCUGAGAGACAUUAUUUAUCGCAAAGAGUUAAUUUUUGAGGAUCUCAAAGUAUGCAUAAAAGAAGAACUGGUGACACUGAUGGAAGCGAGGGUGCAGAACGGCUGUCAUAAUGGAGAGCAAGACAUAAGUGAGGCAUCUGCCUCACUCGGACCGGUAGUUAACCCUUUAGCUGCAGUGUCUGUGUCCGGUCCGUUUGCAAACCGGCCCGAAUCGGUGGCGAGAAGGGGUUCAGGUAGUUUGACAUUAUCUAAUGGGAUUGGGGGCUUGCUCAAUUCAGCCCGUAAAGGGACUCUUGCUGGCCUCAACGCGGCCGGUCUAGGUCCCCGCCCGAGCCUGGAUGUGUUGCCCAACUCGGCCGGCGCGCGAAGCAGCUCAGGGGACCUCGACGGAGCUCAAGUCUCAGGUGCUGUAGCGCCGAGCGGUAAUCCUCAGGUAGUGGAAGCAGAGGCCCUGUCCAGUCGUCUGGAAUCUGUCCAACUGAUGUGUAAGCUCUGCAGGGGCGUUCAUAGUGAGCCAUAUACCAGAGAGGAAAACCGGAUAUACGACCUUAUAUAUCAGAUCCUCCUGAAACUUGACAGCCAUCUCUACGACAAGAUAAUCGCGGAUAGAAUCAACACCAUUUUAGCAGAGUACGAAGUACAGUUUGACUAUAAAUAUAAUUACAAAACCAAACAGGAUCGAAUUAACGAGGCCUUAACUCAAAUCAAAGUGUUCUACAAACGAUUAGCGUGGAUUAACCACACGCUUGCCGCUUAUAAAGCGUUACUCCUGCCCGCGAAUCUCAGGUCCACUACCAUUUGUGCGAAAAAACCCGUUGUAAAUGAGGACGGUAUUGGUAGCGGCGUUCUGAAUCUUUUCCUUAUUAAGUUCAUUUCCGUGACCAAACAGCACCUCAUCAACAUUCUGGAUCUGGCCUACACCCAGAUUGACCAUGUCCAAUUGUACAAGUUAGUUGUGGACGUGAAGCAGUUACAGACUUUGUUGGAUCAUAUCUAUGAUUUUCAUGGUACAUAUAAAUAUGACUCUGCUACUGGUCAGGCGGCAUUUUCUGAAAGAUCCUGUUCCGUCAAAUUGCCCUCGUUAAUGAACAUAUUCGAUGCGUUCACCACGCCUUGGUUACAAAAUUAUGAUAAGUCUUUCAGUGGUGUGAUACGGUCAGCAAUGAAUUCCAAAGAUGAAGUAGAAUUCUUUAAUGACGGAACAUGUUCCCUGUAUGAAGGUGUUGGACUGGCGCUGGCACAUGUGCCUCGACGGGUUUUCAAGUCUGCUUUAUCACUGAGUGACUCGAUCGUAAAGAUGACGCAGGAUGCUGUUAGAGCAGGAGUAGCACAAAUGGAACAAGACACAGAGAUAACUGUGACCAAGUAUCUCAAUAACUAUUUGGACAUUGGCUGGAUCACCUUAUCCCGUUGGAGGAAAUUCAUAUUAGAUGAAAACCACCCAAUGCGUCAGUCAGCAGGACGAUUGUUGGACUGGAAUUGUACCGAGAUGAUUGAAGCACGCACUAGAACCAUAACUCAAAAUUAUGGAAAUAAAUUGAAUAUUCCCAGGUGGAGAUGGUCCUUCAUGUACUGUUCCCUCAACUACUGUUCCCUCAACUAUUGUUCCCUCAACUACUGGACCCUCAACUACUGUUCCCUCAACUACUGGACCCUCAACUAUUGUUCCCUCAACUACGACGUCAUGGAUUUUGCGAAUGGUUGA